CGGGGCGUAACUGGUAAUAAGAUAAGCAGGAAUUUCGUUCCGAUGUCGCUUUUCCUAUGUCUUUGAGUUAAUCUGACGAUAACUUUUUUCUCUUCUUUCAACGGCCGCAAAACAGAACAUAGUAUAGGCAAUAUUAUUGUACCGCUUUCGAUAUUCUGACCUAGCUCAUCAUCAUCAUUUUAGCGGCGCAAAUUCGUUUAGCCUUUCCCGGGUGCUUUAACUUGGAAUCCUCCAUCGGUUUACCUGCAUUUCGCUAUGCUAUGGACUGUAUUGAGUGUACAUACACUGAAAACUGAUCAGUUCGCUCGGACAGAAACACUCGGCCCAUGCUUCUUUAGAUUAGCUUACUUUAUGCUCACGUCUCAUCGGUGUGACUCGAGAUCAAAUCUGUAGAUAUGAUUGUGUGAGAGUAGAUUUCACGACACCAUCUACCGCGAUAAUACUGCUGAAGAUAUCAUCGCCAGUGUACAUCCGAUAGAAACCAGGGGGAUAAACUGUUAGGUCCUUUGGACGUAUCUCCACCUCAUCUCACCUAGCCAGCAAUGUUCGACCAGAGGAAGGGACUAUAAAUGGAAACCAGCUAUGGACGCUCACACAGCGCAGAGCGACCUAUACUAUAUCAUCACAACGAGCAAAUCUCAAGCGGCUCAGAAAUGGGUCCUUUUCAAUGCUGCGGUUUGGAAAAUUCGCAACUCUUAAGCAUUCAUUCACCAUGUCGAACACCACUUCACAACACAAUCUACGUUGACCUUGCGAUCCAGCGCUGUUCGGAAGAUCUGAUUCGAGACGCUGAAAUUUCAAAUCUUUCGAAUCCCCGGUUUUAUCACCUCACAUCUCAAGGCCCCCUUUCGACCUUUCUUAAAACCAUUCCCCGAUGUAGUAGAGCGCGAUUUGGGCGAAGAUCUGAGAUGAGCACAUUUGUCGUCUAUUAAUCUGAGAAUUUUGAAGCCAAAAAAAGUCUUAAUUCACCUUCUCUGACCGGGGAAUCCUAUCGCAAAUGCCGAGAUACAGAUCUUUCUGUUGAUGGGUUAGCAUAAUCCUCGCUUUCUCGAGUUAUUCAGGUCUUAGAAGUAGACAGCAUCAAAGAGGACAUCUCCCUUAUCGAAGCGAAUAACACCUACACGAGGAAGUCUCCACCCAUCUGUGGCUCCAUUCUUAAUAAUAUUUUCAAC